AGAGCACAUAAAGCUGCACUUGCGAGUCAAAAGUUAUUUCUGUCAGCUGAAUAAAUAACAAUAUAUAUUUUUCUCUAAAGAAUUUUCAGUUAUUUUAAUAGAUAUCCGAAUUUACAUGAGUUACUCCGAUUGAAAUCAAUGAUCUAAGGGCGCCAGUAGUCGCCUCUUGUUUCGCAAGGUCAGUGAAGUUACGUCAAAGGCGGCUGGAACUGUCAUCUCGACAAAAUGAAUUUCGGAAGAGUGGCUAAUAUUAAUAUUUUUCGCAAAAUUCGACAGCUCGAAACGUUGGUCAAGCCUGGUGGUUUACUCGUGCGGAGUUGUAAUCCAACGCAAUUUCCCAAAUCCACUUCGAGUCUGGCGAAUCUGAGCCGCUCUGUGAUUCCUAAUGUCCCUGCAAACAGUUAUCCAAAAUGUCAUAUUCUAUCCAAGUUGUCUGUGCAAUCGACGAUCAGCAUGACUCAAACUCGUGCGGCCAGUGCUCAAGGUCAUGCACGUAUGUGGCUGUUAGAGAGAAUGGUGUCGGCAUCUUUCUUGUUGUUAAUACCCGCUGCCCUGUUUUUCGAAAAUAAAUUCAUCGAGAUACUUUUGGCAACUGCUAUUGUCAUGCAUAUGCAUUGGGGAUUGGAAGCUAUUAUACUCGAUUACGCACGGCCUAUCGUAGUGGGUACAUUAGUUCCAAAAGUGGCAUUUCUUAUGCUGAAUGUACUCUCUGCCGCCACUCUCGCCGGUCUGUUUGUGCUAAUCUAUAACGAUCCUGGUCUAGCACAGAUCAUCAAAGAAGGCUGGGCAAUAGGUAAAGAUAAACGGAUAACCAAUUAAAAUCAUUUUUACAUAAAAAAGUUUGUGUUACAUAUGAAGAACUUUUCAAGAUGGUAGCUUAUAAAUUAUUCCGAAAUAAAUUAUUUACUUAUUCAACA